GAAGUGGUCAACGAUUUGACAUGGAACAGUUCAGAAAAGGGAACUAAUUAUGCCCUGCAGCCGAUUAUUAAAUCAUGAAAAACAAAAAGAAGAAACUUUGCUACACAAUUUUAGGGUUGUAUUUUUUCAUGGGUGGUGUCGAAUAUGCUUUUCAACAGAGAGAAGAAACUAAACAGCAUAUCAUUCCACCUGUGCAAUACUGCUUACCAUAUUUUAUUCUCGUAAGAACAAGAAUUUCUCUACCCAAUGUAUGUUUGUCUCCGCUGGAACUCAGCACUGCUGUUAUACUACCAACAUUAUGGCUGUACCUUGAGAACACAUUCCAUGCACAGCAAUAUUUCUUGGGAUUAAUUCUGUCUGCCUUCAGUUUAACUGCAAUGCUUUCAGGACCUAUGUUUGGCAGAUGGUCAGAUGUGACAAGGAAGCCAAAGUUUCCAAUGUUGAUUGGUGCUGUGUUUGAGAUUGCUGGUAAUACAAUGUAUUUUAUGGGCAACUCAAAAUGGUUUUUGGUGGCAAGUCGACUGAUAGCAGGUGUUGGAGCAGGAGCUGAGUCUGUGAUUUUAGCUGAGAUAUCUCGAGUGACCACUGAAGCAGAAAGAACAGGAAUAUUAUCCACAAUGAUUGCAAUUAGACAAAGUGGGCUUUUGAUAGGGCCUGGUCUUAAUGUUUUCCUUCGACUAGCCAACUUUAACAUUGGUCCAUUUAAAGUGAACAAAUACACAGACCCAGGGGCUUUCAUGGCAUGUCUAUGGGCAUUAGAAUUCUUAUUACUAGUACUGUUUUAUACUGAUUUACAUAAAAUAAAAGAGCUAGAGCUUGAACAGGAAAGAGUGAAUGAUCCAGUCAUAUCUAGUGACAAAUUAUCCAAUCAGAAUCCUCCAACCUAUGACACUGUGAUAACUGGUGCCAGAGAUAAUUAUGAUGUCAGUGCAGAUAUUGAAGGAAUCCAGUCUACCACUGAAUAUGAGAAACAGAUAUGUGAAAUAAAGACAGAAGAACCAGUCACAAAAGAAAAACUGAGCAUGGGAUUCUUUUAUAAAAUGUAUGUCAGAGAAGAAAUUGUCACAUUGCUUGGUGUGCAGUUUAUAAGUUUAUUUAGUCAAGUAUCUUUAGAGACAAUGGCAACUCCACUAUCAAAUAAACUGUUACAUUGGGGAGAAUUAGAGAACAGCGUGAUGUAUUGUUGUGCUGGCGUAGAGAUUAUACUGGUAUUUAUACUAGUACGAAUACUGAGUAAACAUUUGAAAGAUAGAACAAUGAUAUUGAUGGGAUGCUUUUUGUUGGCUAUGGCUAAUGGAUGGCUUAUGUAUGUAGUACCAAGAGCUUAUAAUGAUACCCCAGCAGAAAAUAUACCAAAGUUUGUAAUAGGAAUAGCUUUAGACAUGUUAGCACUACCAUUUUUGUUUACCUGUAGUAUGUCAUUAUAUACAAAGUUACUACCAAAAGAAAUUCAGGGAUUAAGUCAAGGCUUGAGAAGAACUACAGUAGGACUUAGUACAAUAAUUGCUCCACUAUGGGCAGGAUCCACGUUGAGAUGGCCAUAUUUAAUGUUUGGUGUGAUGCUGAGCCUCCUAGGUGUAUCUUUGGUAGAUCAAAGGUAUCCUGGUUCCCGGUACUACGUUCCAGGUAUUAGCUGUAACAUACUGAAUAUUGCGAUCGGGAACCAGUCUAGAUCAAAGGAAAUUUCUAUUAGUAAAUGAAUCAAAUGAAGAAUCUUCAUGGUUAAAUGCAUAGAAAGGAUAUUUGAAGAGAGCCAAUGAUUGACAUAAGGAGAAGCAGUUAUGAAUUUUGAAAUUGAUAUAAAGGAGAGGUCAUUCAUCACAGAAGAUUUAAUCAAAGUUUACAGUAUGUUGAGAGAAGUUCAGAACAAUCAAUUUGGUUGAAGAGGAGUUGUCAACACGUCAUCUUUGAACAAGGUCAAAUGUAUUAGAAGUGAAUCCUUAACAGAAAUGAGACAAUAAUCAAAUAAUUCAAAGACUACAUGGAUGUUAUCUGGACUAGCAUUUGUAUGACCUAAAUGUGGUAUUUUUCAUAUGAACACUUACAAGGCAGAUAAUAGUCUGUGACAAACAUUUGUAUGCAAUUAAAGACUUGAAGAACUUGUACGGUAUUCUUUAAAACGGUACAUUCUUGGUAUGAAUUGAAGAAUUUUUGCUCAUUUAAAUGAAUUAUGAAAAUGUUUUAUAUGUUUAGAAUAAACAAAAACAACAUAAAAGAUAGACAAAUUUUUAUUUUCUUUCUUGAAACUUAUAACAGAAUAAAUUGUCAUAUGCUAA